CUCGGCAUGUCUGGAGCACGAAUGUAGCCCUCAAAUUCAGGAUCUUUUUUUUUUUUGUGGACUAUGGACAUAAUUUGUUACCUGCUUGUUAUAGCUUUAAUAAACAUUCAGGCUUGUGAAACUUUUUCUCAGUGUUUACGCGGGUGCAGCUGUGUAGAAGACAGACAUGGAAGGUCAUUAAUAUGUAUGGAGGAGAGAGCAUUUGGGGCUAUACCACAAGACCUUCCACAUGAGUUGACAAAAAUACGAAUUGAAAAGUCUCAGUUUACUGAAAUACCCAGAGGGGCUUUCUCAAAAACGUUGACAUUGGAGAACUUGUGGUUGAACUUUAAUGAAAUCACACUGAUAAACUCAAAGGGUCUGGAGGGUUUGAGGAACUUAACCGAGCUCCGUUUGCAAGGCAAUAAGCUACGUUCAGUACCAUGGACAGCAUUCGAGGACACGCCGGCUCUCAAGAUCCUGGAUCUGAAGCACAACCAGCUGGACGUCCUAUCGGAGCAUGCGUUAAGGUUUUUGCCAGGUCUGACUUACUUAGACUUAUCCUUCAAUCGUCUUACGGUGAUAUCGAAGGAGGUCUUCCAAAACUGGCCUCUCUACCAAAAAUUACAGAACAUGGAGGAGCGGGAGGCGACAACAUCUGGGCCAAACGUCGUCCUGGCACUCCACGACAAUGCCUGGCUCUGCGAUUGUCGCCUAAAGGGCUUCGUGGAGUUCAUAAGGUCUCUGAGCCCUCCGAUUAUAUUGAUGAACUCCUACUUGACUUGCUCAGGGCCGGACUUUAGGGCGGGCAAGUUCUUCCAUGAGAUAGAGCUACAGGCAUGCAUGAAGCCCGAAGUCAGCACCCAAUCAGCCAACAUCAGUCUGCCACAGGGCGCCAACAUCACCCUGCAAUGUAUCGCCAAAGCAAGGCCUGACCCUUCAGUGUGGUGGACAUAUGGUCUGAAGAUAAUCAGAGGAUUUCAUGAAUCUCAAGAAAGAGUGGAUGAUGACACCAUCAGAUCCCUCCUGGUGAUCCCCUCUGUCCAUGCAGCUGAUCAUGGUGUCUACACUUGCAUCGCUGUCAACUUCAUUGGAAACUCCUCCGUCAGCAUCUUUCUAGAGGUGCGCUCUGCAGGAAGCUCCCAGUCUUCACUCCUCCCAGCUGUACCGCGGGCUGGUGAUGAAAAUGUCUACAUCGACAUCCGCAUCGCCAAGCAAACAAUACGGGGUAUCUCCAUUGAGUGGUUCGCUGCCCUAGAACGUCCCACUGAAACCUGGUUCACGAUCCACUUUGGUCGUGCAGAUGCUGAUAAAAAAGAAAUAAUCUACAUUGGACCUGGGAUUAAUUCUUACUCCAUCUCGGACCUGAUGCCUGCAACUAAAUAUGAAAUUUGUGUAACCCUCAAGAAUCACGCACCACGCCCAGAACAGUGCAUCAUCUUUGUAACAGGAAGUGACAUCACUGAGAUGGAACAGAGGGAGAAGCUGAUACAUAUAGUAGUGAUAGUUUUAGCCAUGGUGCUGGCAGUGCCUGUAGGCAUGUAUGCAUGCACCACUGACACCAGGUUGGCCUGUUUGGAUGGUAUAAUGGAGAGCUGGAAGAACCGAAGGAGAGACAGAGGCUCAGCAGGAGGCAUGGAAAGGGAGAGGCAGGGUACCUUCGACAGUCUGCAGGCCGCCAGUGAUGAGGGCCUGGUUAAUAAAGGUUCCAGUGAAGACAGGAAGGUGAGGAGGAGGUCAGAGGACAGACUGAAUAAGGCCAAAGCUGACCACAGCAGACUCACAGCUGAACUAUAUUAAAAAACCCUCAGUUAAAACAACAACAGAAAACAUGGCAGUGACAUUGUUAUAGAACAAUGUCUUACUUUCUAUUUUUGGAAUAAAUAAUAGAAAUACUAGCUCUACUAUACUGUGAAAAAGUCUUGAGCCACCCGUUAUUUCUCGAUAUUUGGCUUGUUUUUUGAAUGUUUUUUUUUGUGUGUUAAGCCACCUAACACUGACCUGAAUCAGACAUACAUAAUAAAGACACUUGUGCCUACACAUAACAAACAACUUAGUAACAAACCUAUUUUAAAUUCUAUCUUUAGGCACUUUGUUUCGAACAGCCUGUUGCAAAAACAGAUCAUUUCCCCCCAUUUCUUUAGUCUAUGAAAAAAGCCAAAGCUAACACAGUUGGAUAGACAUAAAAAAUAUGUUUGCUUCAACAAGGUGAGUUUCAAAGUGCUAUUAGUUGAAAACGUCUAGGCAUGCUGUGCAGUAUAUGCUUUAAAAGAAAAGAAAAGACCUGACACAUGCCCUGAGUGAGGCAUUGGGCCCUUCAGUCGAUCAGUCGAUGGAUCAGCAGAUCUAGAGCCCAGACCUCAAAUUUUUGAAGAGAACAGAGAACAGAACAAAAGGCAGCCAACAUCCAAAGAAGACUGCUAAAUUAAAUUACAAGAAAGCUUGUCUCAUAGAGUUAAAGAUGCGUUGAAAAGUAUAGGUUUUUAUUGACUUUAAAGCUUGUUAGAACUCUACAAACUCUGUUUUUGUCUUAUAUACUAUAAUUCUAAAAAUUUGGGCACGUUUUAAAAGAAUUGUUGCACUUUUUUCCCUUUAUCCUAGCAAAACAUGCAGAAAUGAGGAGUGGCUCAAGAUCCAGUGCUGUUAGGCUUAUAUUACUACAAUAUUCAGGGGAAUGAUCAUAUUUUCUGCCUUGCUUUAAAUCUCAUCUCUUCCUCUGUUCUAGGCCGAGGAGGUUGUUGCAAAGAUGUGAACGAUGGCCGUUAUGUCAAGGAUUUGCACCAGGGUAGAGGCUGUGCUGAAGUUGAUUUUUUUCAGACUGAAGUAUAAUGCAUCUCUCUUGUUAUCACAAUGCAGCAUUUUUAACUAUCAGUAAUAAUUCAUUUUAUAAAUAUUUGAAACAGAAAAGAAAAAGCCUUUGCCAUUGAUUUCAAUCAGAACGAUAUCAAAUGACUUUCUAAAGAAGACUUUUUUCCAGCUUCUCCAAUGAUGGAUAUUAGCUUCUUUAUCAACUAUUAUGUGUUAGCACUUAAGCAUUAUUCUAUGGAUUUACAUGCGUGUUAAUUUUACCUCAUUUUCUUCUUGUCAUGUCAAAAGUGUAAGUUAGGAUGGAUUUUUAAUUAGAAAAACAGAUGGUUAUUAUAUGAAAAAACCUCACACCUUGUAAAUAGAAAAUGUUCUAGUUACAUUUUUUGUGUGGUAGUGCAUAUAUACCUCAACAUGUUUCAUGUGUGCAGACUAAAGUGGUUGUUUUACUACAUUUUCUAUAAAUUCUACAAAGGUUUUACAUAAAGCAAGCACAUAUGCAGAAUUAGUGUCAGUUACUAUAGAUUCUUACAAAUACCCAGCAGAAAAUAUAUUUUGCUUUAAAACAUACUCGCCAAUGUCCGUUCUCUGGCAAACAAAAUGGAUGAGAU